UCCAUAUUGGCGCUCAUUGACGCUCUCAUGAUCAAGAAGUCUCGAUGCGUGAUUUUCAAAGCUCAAGAACUUCGGCAUAACACUCAAAUGUCUUCAAGUUCAUACCGCUCAAUUUAAACGCUCGAGCAUGUAUAUUAUAACAUCAUCAAUGCCUUGCCUACCUUGCGUGUCUCUCGCCUCCCUUCUUCCUCCCACUCGAACUCGUAUAACUGCCUGACUACGAUGACCUUUGGCGAUACAAUCUCCAACGGUAUCCAGGAUGUGGCCGCGUUACUUCCUCUCCUAGGUACGGAGCAGUGCGAACAACACGUAGGGACGGCCCUUGAAAAGGGCUUUCUCUAUGCCGCUGCUACUCCUCUCUCGGUUUUUGGGACUCUAGGGAUAGUGAGGACUGCUUUUGCUACGCUCCUGGCGACUAUCACGUAUCCUUUUUACGGAGGUAUUUGGCUGAAUGAUGCUGGAUACAGCACUCGUGGUUCGGUGUCGUCGAUGGUCAUUAUUUCCCCUGGCACGAAACAGUAUGGAGCGGAGGUUAAUUUGGAGAAGGUGAUGAAGGAUCAGAAUAUCAAUGACCCAGAGCUCGUCUCUAACAUUGAGUACUCUGGAUGGGGAGAGAGAGAGCGCAUCCCGCUUUCUUGGAAUUUUCAACUCAUUCUGACAUCGGCGCUAUGCGCGGUCAUUAGCGUGUCACCAUAUAUCUACCUGAUCCACAACCAUUGGAAAGACCCUUCAUCGUGGAUCUUCCCCCUGCUGCGGUCUUCGGGCUCUUUUCUCUGCGUCGUUUCGGUACAACUCGCACUCCAAAUUCGAAUACAUCAUAUCACGAAUUCCAGCUUGCUUUUGAUGAAGAUAAAGCACCGCUGUCCUCUAGCCGAUGCAGAAGCUAUGAAAGAACGGAAAUUCGUACUGGAAAAGCGUCUCUCCAAGCUCGUUGAGGAGCUAGAUAGCAGAAACAAAACCCCGGACGAGGAGAGAUCACUUGACUUAGAGCCCGUUAAACAGGAUUAUCGAGAUGCUUUGGCAAAAUUCCAAUCGUUCUCCUGGAGUAGUUGGUGCCUACUACUCCUACAGAUGCUAUUAGCAGCUGGCAUUUUUAUGACAGUGGCCGGUUACAUUGGCUGUUUCACUCUUGUCAAUCAAUCACAGAUAGAAAUUGGACCAUACGUUUGGCUCGGAAUGGAAUCUGCCCUGUCUAUUAUUCGCAUCUUCCUGUGGGGCUUUAAUCCGACUUGGGACGACCUUAGAACUGGAUUGACAAUCCGGCUAGAACUUCACCCCACAGGUCCUGUUCCUCUCCUUCCGUCGCAUUUCGAUACGGAUACUCCGGCACGACGACUUAGGCAACCGCUUGAACUUUCACCUCUUCUGAUCACGAUUCCAAAUCAACAGAAGCCACAGGCCUUCACAGAUCGCACACAAAACCCUCUCCGCAGCCCAACACCAUACACAGACACACUCUUCCCACUCAUAACAACCCCGCAUCACCUGUCUCAACUAUCAUCAUGCUCGUUACAUGACCGACCAAUGGGGGGAUAUCGUACGGAUCAGAGGGAAGGCUUCAUCAUCGAGAGCGCAGGAAAUUUCCUUGCAACCGCUACCACAUAUGUAGGACCGCUGCGUCACCUUCAGGUCGAAAAUAUCUCUCUCUUUUACAGCAUAGUUCCCUAUGUCAACCACGCAGACGAGGCAAUAAAAUUCCUGUGUACGACUGCCCUUCAUAGUGGCUCCAAUGCCUCGAUUUCCAUCUUCACAGGUGGCAGCAAAAUACCACACGCUGUCUACUCCUCGCACUGCGACGAACUUCAUGGGACACGAGCUCUUCAGGUGACCCUCGAGAACGAUAUCACCAAUCAUCCUGACUCUAUCGAUAUUUUGGAUACGAGGACAUUCAAUCUCAUCGUGGACCAUUCAUACAAUCUCUUUAGCCAGCUUCUCGGUGGCAAGGCCUUUCCAAAACUGGAGUUACUUUGGACAGUAACAUUUCCAUCCCACCCAGCCCCAAAUUAUCCAGAAAUCACGGUUCCUCUGACGAAAUUUGAUGAGCAGUACAUACGGCUCUGUCAGACAUACGAUCUGAAGGGGGAUUACUGCUCACGGAGAGGAACACGCAUCAUUCGGGUUUUCUCGGACCCGCCAGCUGGUUCGUUACAACAUGCACUUUUGGCUGAAUACGGGGUGAUAAUGGAAAGCACCGUACUAGAGAUGUACCUAUGCUGCAUCGAGCAUGACUUUACACAAGUCUGGGGACUGCCGUCAGUUAUAUCUCGGCGCCUUAUUCUCGAAUGGAUCCGGAAGAUGCAAGUUCGAAUUGAUGUAGAGCGACGGCAGUGCGCGAGCAGAUUUUCAGAUGAGCCAACAGAAAUUCUCGAGACAUGGGACUCGCUGGCUCUUGAGCUACGCGCGUUGAGGCUUCCUGAUAGUCUGGCAGUCUUGCAAAAGUGGAGAAAACCCCUCAAGGCUUGGCUCACAAUGGAGAAUAUUGCGGACGCUGAGGAGCUCUUCGAACUGAGACCGCUUUCAAAACUGAGGCACCUCAAGAAUGCCCUAUUACCGGUGUUCCAGACUCGAAUAUAUGGAAUAUAUGAUAGAAUGGUUGCCUUCCUUCGACCCACUCUGGUGUUCCUUGACCAACUCGUUCACAACGACUCCAAUUCCCCCAGCUUAUUCGACCGUGUCGAUGUCCCCGGUUCUGCAGAUCUUUCCCCUCCACACACGGUGGUCAAUAUUCGCAAGGCCUCCGAGGACGAAUUGUCAGCGCUGGCUGCGCAAACUCACCUAUUUCGAACCCUACAAUUUCGCACUGUCUCCCACUCAGGUCUCCAAGCUCUGCUUACCGUCCUCGACUCUAACCCUCAACCCCCAACGGCUCUCACCACUCUAAACUUCCGAGAUAUUCAAUAUAGCUUCGGCAGACUCGAUGAUGCCGUCGUCAAGUUGAUAUCAUCUAUUCUGACGAAAAACGACAACCUCAUCUGCCUUGUGUUCGAUAAUUGCCAUGUCGAUGACGCGACCCUUGAUCACCUCCGGGAAACUAUCAAAAAUAAUCGCGAGCAGUGGGUGCGCCGGGCCACACAGGAUCGGACUCGUCGUGACAAGUUGGUAUAUUUGGCUGGCAUUCAGUUUAGCCCUGGCAAGGAACAUAACGCGCUUCAACUCACAGGCAACGGGGGCCCUUCGAUAUAUUCUAAUCAGGAAGUCUUCCUAACUCCAAUAGUUGAAGUCUUUGUGUUGGUGUCUGUUCCCGGUCGGGGAAAGAUCGUGCCUAUUAUCUCGUUGGAGCUCGCCGAUGUGGAUAUGUUCGUUACUGCAAAACUGCAGCGUUUCACAGGACAAACCUCCGACGAUGACAUUCCCGAGGUUAAAGCGAGAGCUUUGCGGGCGAGCGAUGGCCAACGUACACUCAGGCUCGAACUGAAUGGGUUUCCGGAGGUGGAUGAAGGAUGCUAUGAACUUCGUAUCUGGGUCCGAGAAAGAUCGUACUUGUUCCGGGAUGUCGAGGUUAAUUUCGUAUCGGUGACAGGGGAGCAGCCAUGAAAGCGUCUGGAUAUUAACGAGAAUCAGUAUGCGUUGGACGAUGACAUACCCACUAUGUUUAAGUGCAGCUAACUAGUCAGUCCGAGCCUGUAUUUACUAUGGCCUGCGGAUCUCAC